UACAAGGUUAUGUUCACAUUGAGAUGUUGAGGUUAUUGGAUGUUAUAGGCACAGCCUAGGUCCUCUGCUGGUUUGAAGUAUUCAAUCGUCAAGGUUCUAAAAUAGCGAGAAAUAUUUAGUCCAGCUCCUGAUAUUCUUACAAUUGAUAAUUGAAUAAUCAAAAAAAGUUACUCCAUCAUGAAUAUUCUGGGUAGAAUUUUUCAUAUUUUGAGAAGGGACAUUACCACUCGUGGAUUUAAUAUUUCGCAAAGGGAAUAUUCCUUCAAAAGUGCUUUUGCACUCGAAAAUUUGUAUCCAAAGAGUAAUGUUAAGCUUUACCACCCAGAAUUUAAGAAUGAGCAUCCAAAAGUCGAAUUUACUGGUUUCAUACCUAUGGAUAAAUUGACAGUUACCUACUCCCGUAGCAGUGGUCCUGGAGGACAACACGUUAACACUGUCAACACCAAAGUCGAUCUAAGAUUCGAAGUUAAGAGUGCUGAUUGGAUCUCUCAAGAUAUUAGGGAAAAAUUAUUGGUACAGGAGAAAAAUAGGAUCAAUAAAGAAGGCUUUCUCGUCAUAAAAUCAGACCUGACGAGAUCCCAACAAAUGAAUCUUGCAGAUGCUCUCGAACGUCUCAGAGUGAUGAUAAGAAAAACUCUAAUAGUAGCCCCAGAGAUAUCACCACAGACCCAAGAAAAAAUCCGUAAGGCACAGAUGAAGGCAGCUAGAGAACGAUUAUUUGUAAAACGGUCUCGAUCGUUGAUAAAACAAAGUCGAAGAUUAGAAGAUUAAGAAAAUAACUCCCAGUUCGUCAUACAUGUAUAUAAUUUAAUAAUCAGAAUAAAUAAAUCCAUGAAAUUCUUACAGUGGCAGAACAA